AAUAUAAACAUGAUUCGAUUAUUUAUUGAUGAAUUAUCAAAAUAUAAAUCGUAUAUAAUUGCAGAAUCAUUUAGAACAAAGUUGUUAUUUAUAAAUUAUCGCAACAUUACUUUCCCUUAAACACUAAAUCAAUAUAAUAUUUGUAAGCUGUAUAAUUGCAUUUUUAACAUGAGUACAUGUUUGCAAACUGAUGAGUUUCCAAUAUGGGCAUUGGUGCCAAAAAAAGAAACUGGAGUCACAAAUUUCCUGGAUAAAUAUCCAUAUUAUGAUGGUCGUGGUGUGACAAUAGCCAUUUUUGAUUCUGGUGUUGAUCCUGGAGCACCAGGUCUUCAGGUGAGAAUUUCUUAUUAACCCAUGUCAAAUAAAUAUAAAUUGUAAUAAAUAUUUCAGGUAACGACUGAAGGAAAACCUAAAAUUAUUGGUCGAUAUGAUUGCAGUGGAGCUGGUGAUGUAGAUACAUCAACAAUAGUUUAUGCAGGGGAAGGAAAUGUAGUUAGAGGGUUAAGUGGACGUAGUCUUGUGGUAAAUAUAUUCAACUAAGCAUUUCUAGCAAAUCAUUUCUAAAUUUAUCGGUCAUUACAUAGAUUCCAGCUACAUGGAAAAACCCUUCUGGUAAAUUUCACAUUGGUAUAAAGAAUGCAUUCGAGUUAUACACAAAAAAUGUUCAAAAGCGCAUUGAAGAAGAGAGAAAAGAAAAGUUAUGGGAUCCAUGUCAUAAAUCUUUAAUAUCUAAAUCUAUUAUAGAACAACAAACACUAAGCAAUGUAAUUUAUAAGUAUAAUUUAAUUUGAAUAAUAUACAUAUAUGCAUUACAAUUCUAUAUUUAAAUUCAGGAGUUUGAUCUUAUAAAAGUACCACUAUUAACAAAUCAAAAAUUAAAAAAGGAAGACAAUGAAAAUACCGUUGAAGCUUUACAGAACAUGGAUAAAAAAUACAAAUCUAUUUCGCCCGUUUAUGAUUGUAUUGUUUUUAACGAUGGAAUUCAAUGGUAGUAAGUAGAAAUGAUUAUAACUAUUUGUUUAAUCUUAAAUUUGAUAUUUAAAACUAUUUUAAAAGCAAAAUAUUCCCCAAGUUUAUGAUAUUGUUAUAUUCUUUAUUUUAAGCAAAUAUAUUCAAUUUGUUAACAAAAGGUUUAAAAUUGUAUUUUAUAAUUUCAAAGAUGCAUAUAAUAAUGAAGAUUUACAUAAGACAUAUUAGUAAUUUAAAUAAAAAUGUGCAAUAUUUUAUCAACUUUUUAGGACUAAAAUGAUCUUAUAGGUUUUUACAUUUAUGUAUUAAAUAAUGAAUUAAUUCAAAUUGGAUGUAACUGUUUUUAGUGCUUGCAUGGAUACAUCUGAAACAGGAGAUCUGUCUUCAUGUAAACUUAUGGGAAAUUAUAGUGAUGAUCCAAUGAAUAAUUUCGAUUACAUUACUGCUACAGACCAUAUGACUUAUUCGUUUAAUAUACGAGACGAUGGGAAUUUAUUGGAAAUUGUAUCUCUUGGGUGUAAGUUAAAUACAAUACAUUUUUUAUUGAACACUAAUUGAAUUUGAAUUAUAUAAUUUAAAGUAUCACAAGAAUACAAAUCUUUAAAUUUGUAAUAUUAAUUACCAAUUUGUAUACAGCAUCUCAUGGGACACACGUAUCGGCUAUUGCUGCUGGCUAUUUUCCAGGGGAACCAGAAAAAAAUGGUGUAGCUCCUGGAGCACAAAUCAUAUCCCUAACAAUUGGUGACAGUCGUUUAGAAACUAUGGAGACUGGGACUUCUAUAGUGAGAGCAAUGAUUAAAGUUAUGCAAUUGUGUAAAAAUUUGAACAUUGACGUUAUUAACAUGAGUUAUGGUGAACAUUCAAAUUGGUCUCAUGCCGGGUAAUUUUCAAUAUGUCUUAAUUAGAUUCAAAAUAUUAUUUAUUAUAUUUUUUUAACUAUCAGGAGAAUUGGUGACAUUAUGAAUGAUGUUGUAGACAAGCAUAGAGUGACAUGGGUUGCAUCCGCUGGAAAUCAUGGACCCGCCUUAUGUACUAUCGGUGCCCCACCAGACAUCUCCAAAACAGCAAUUAUAGGUAUUAUAAAAAUAAUAUACAUUUUAAUAUUCUUAAAUUUUUUAACUAUAUUAUGAAUAUUUUAUAAUGAAGGGGUUGGAGCCUAUGUAUCACCUGACAUGAUGACAGCAGAAUACUCCAUGCUAAAAAAACUUCCUGGAACUACAUACACAUGGUCUUCAAGAGGUCCAACUAUAGAUGGAGGAAGAGGAGUAAGUGUAUGUGCACCAGGUGGUGCAAUAGCUUCAGUACCUGGGUAUAUGUUGAGAGGAACUCAAUUAAUGAAUGGCACGAGUAUGUCUGCACCUCAUGUAGCUGGAGCAGCAGGUUGGUUGAGAAAUUAUUUUGUUCAUGAUUAUGCUUAAUAAAAUGUAUUCAUUUUUCUAGCUAUAUUAAUAUCAGGGCUUAAAGCAAAAAAAAUAGAUCCUAGUCCAUAUUUAAUCAAAAGAUCAAUGGAAAAUACUGCUCUUUAUCAAGAUAAAAUAGAUCAUUUUUCUCAAGGACAUGGAUUAUUACAAGUAAAAAUUAUUCAACAUAAACUAAGAAUAUUUAUUGUUUUGGAAACUAAUAUACACAUUUUUUAUGAGUUAUUUUUUUUCAACAUUAAAUUAUAUUACAACUUGAUAUUUUAUUUACAUUUUAUUCAUUAUACACUUACACUUAAAUAGGUGUUCAAAAUAUUGAUUAAUUAGUUGUUUUAUUUUACAGGUUGAAAAAGCAUUUAAUUAUAUGACUAAUUAUUUUAGAGAAUUUGAAUCAUAUAUAAAAUUUAAUAUAUCUUGUGGUAUUGAAGGAAAAAAGGGAAUCCAUGUUAGAAAUGCAUGGGAAAACAAGACAUUGGAUUAUUCAGUAACAGUGGAACCUGUUUUUUUACAAGAUAUAGAUAUUGGUAAGUUCAUACAUCAAUUUAAUACUUACAAUUCUAAUUAAGAAAAUUGGACAUUUAUCCUUAUUAAUAUAAUGCAAAUUAAUUAAAUAAUUUAAAAUGGAAUUACAAAAAAAAAUGUAUAUAUAUUGUAUAUAAUGUAUAUACACAGAAUUAAUUACAGGUGUAUAGAAGUAUAAAUAGUCAAAGAUAAUAAUUACAUACGUAUCAAAAAUUUUGUUUGAAAUAUCCUUCAUACUUUGUUCCUUCAAUUUUAUCCCAAGUGACUAUCCAAUUGAUUCCAUGAAAUUGUUUACCUAUAUUUAGUACACAAAAAUUAAAAUUUCAGUGCCUCAUCCUCAUCCUCACUCGUAAUAUCCUUAUAUAAAACUAGAGACCGGAUUCAUAUUCGCUUAUAAUCCACAAAAAGGAGUUUUAAAACUAAAAAAUACAGGAAAAAUUUAUAAAAACAAAAAUAAUAAAGUUCAAAAGUCCAUCCACAAAUGGCUAUAACUUGCAUUAAAAUUAACUUAAAUUUCCUAAUACUACAAAAUAAUUUCUUCUAAAUAAAAUUGUAAUUAUAAAAAAAAAAAUACAUUUUGUAGAAAAUAUUAUAAGUCAAAUCCAUUAAAAAGUGGGACUUUUAAAAUUCUUACAUUUUUUUUUUCUUGCACUUAAACAUUUUUUCCAGGGUAUUUUAGAUUUUUAAGAGAGUUUUUGUGGAUUUUAAAAGCAUUUAAAUCUGGUCUCUAGUUAUAACAAUAACUUUAAUAGUAACCACAAUGGUUUAACACUUUAAAUUUUUACCAUUUACAAAUACAUAAUAUUAUAAUGGUAACAAAAUAUGUUAUUAUAAAAGGUUAGGUUAGGGUAUCAAAUGUUAUUAUAGUGGUAAACAGCCUCAAUUUAAGAGUAUAAAUUUGUAUUCUACUUUUGUUCAUCAAUAACAAUCUACUAUAAUAAUUUAUUUCUAACAGUCUGCAUUGGUGAUAGUAUCCAAUGUGUAUUAAUAUUAAAUGUUUGAAUCCAUAAAUGACUAAAAAUAAAAACAAACUCACCAUCAAGAUUUUUUCGUACAAGAUCUGCAUACUCAUGAUGGACAAAUUUAAUUCUGGCACAUGUAUUAUUUUUCUUUAUAAAAACAAUUUUAUUGGGAGACACAUAUUGGGAUACAAGAUUCCAUAUAUCUUCUUCUGACGUUUGUGCAUUCAUAUUUCUAAUGUGCAGUUGUUUUAUCUUGAAAAUAAAAAAAACCUCAAAGACCUCAAUUUAGAAACAAAUAUAUAAACAUAUUAUGAUUUUAUAUACUCACUCUUAAUAAAACUGAAUGUCUAAAUACUGGUUCAGAUUCUGCCCAUUGAAUAUGUAUAGAUACUCCAUUGAUGAAAAAUGGACUUUCCGCCAUUGAACGGCGAGCUAAUGCAGCAUUUUUAUGAUCUUUAAAUAUUAUAAAACAAAAUUCUCUGUUUUUGCUUGGAUCAUCCGAAUUAUUAAAAACUCUAACUUUUUUUACGCCUUCAACACGUUUAUCAAAUUCAAUUAGUAACUCUUCUUCUGUUAAAUCUUUAGGAAUAUUCCUAGCAAAUAAUGUCCUAUUGUCAGUUGACAUAUUCACUGAUAAGUGACCUCUAAGACCCGGAAUAGUAAAUUGGUUUAAUUUGGUUAGUGCUAACUCAGCUUCCAUAGGGUUACUCAUCAUUACAUAGCCAUAUCCUCGAUUUGAACCAGAAAAAUGCAUCAUCAAUCGAAUUUGGUGAACAGUUCCAAACUGAAAUAAAUUAACAAUAUAUAAUUACAGCAAAUUUAUGAAAUCGAUUUUAAAAAAUCGAAAAUAAUUUAUCUUUAUUUUUAUGUCUUUUGGGAAUAACUUUUAAAAUUAAAAUGGAACCUAUAUUUAAAAAUUCCAUAAAUAAAUGGAGUUAAAAUAAAUUUGUGUAAAUUUUUUAAGGGAUACCUAUUUCAAUUUUUAGUUAAAGUAGGUAGGAAACAGUAGUGGGACACUAUGCAUUUGUGGUGGCACAGCACACGCAGUUAGAAAUAGUGUUCCAUUAAUUCUACUCAAACUAAAAAAUAGACCUAACAAACAAGCUGACGGAAAUAAAAAUUUAUUUAUAGUAUUUAGAAUACAAGUUAUUUGAAAAAUGCUUAAGUUUAUUUUAUCUCCUAAAACCUUCCAAAAACAGAUUAUUUUAGAUUUUAUAAACCAUAAACUUUUGUAUUAUACAUUUUUCUCAAUUUUGAAUAUUUACAUAACUGUAACUUAUAUAUUGAAUCGCUCUGUAUGUACUAAAAGCUUAAAUCACCUGGGAAAAAACAGCAUAAAGAAAUCCUUCCAAACAACCUUUUGGCAAUGCUACAUAUAAUUCACUGCCACGUUUUGGUUCUUGUUUCACAAUAGACAAUAAAGUUUUUUGACCAUUAUUUUGAAUAACGUGUCUUUUAUCAACUGAAAUUAAACGUUGACCAAUUUCUUCUAUUUCAACAAUGUUUUUAGCUCUAGCAAUAGUAGCACUUAUCAAGUCUGUACGUGUAGGCUAUAUUUUUAACAGAUAAAAAACAUAUAUUUAUAGUCAACAAUUUAUAUUACAGUACUUACAAUGUAUUGGUCUUUCAUUAUUGGAGGAUAUUUGAACACAUUAUCAUUUCCAUAGGAUUCUGAAGUCUGUGAUGAUGUUGGUGUAUAUGGCUACAUUUUUAAUAGAAAAAUAAAAUAAAUUUAUUAUAAACAAAAGAAAUCUGUAUUUGUAAUACUUACAAUAUAUUGGUCUUUCAUUAUUGGAGGAAAUUUAAACACAUUAUCAUUUCCAUAAGAUUCUGAUGAUAUUGGCGAAAAUGAAGAUUGUGAGUAACUUGAUGCACUAGACAUGUAUGAUGAUUGAGAAAAUGGAGAUGAAGCACAAUAACGAGGGGUUGACUAAAAUGUAUAAAUUAACUUUUAUUAAAUGUUAGGCAUUGAAAUAAUUAGUAUGACUAAUAAAUUCAAAAUAUACAAACCGUAUAAUAAUCAUUAAAUAAUAAAGCAUUGUUUGGAAAUGCACAAUACAUUGUUAUUAAGAAAAUAUAACAAUUUCUAGAAAAAAAAAAUUUGACCUGCAACAUAAAAACAAAUAAUUUAUAAAGGAUGUAUUCUCAAAAACAUUUAUUGUAACUUUUAAAUGGAGUUUAUGAGAUAACUGAUAACGUUGGUCGAUUAUCACAUAAAUUGUUUAAAAUCAGAAGAUUUUCUGACCGAUUAUCACAAAUUCUGCAGCAUCACACUAUUUACUUUUGAAAUUUUUUUUUUUCAAUACCUCAGUUAAAAUUUGACAGAAAAUUAAAAAAUCAAAUCGCGUAUUGUUUCCAAGAGUACUCUAAUAUAAGAUGUUUUUAAAAUUGUUUCCAAUUACUCAAAAGCCAGAGUUCAAAACAAAAUUGAAUCAAAAAAUACAACAAUUUACAAAAUGUAUAUAUAUUUCUUUUCUCUUAAUAACAUCUAAAUUACUCAAAUAACUGUUAAACUCUGUUAAAGAUGUAUUAAAAAAAAAAAAAAAAUUAAAAUUUUCUACAUAACCAAACAACAUUUGAUUAUGAAUUAACAAUGUACGAUGUUUAGACUUUUUUUGUUAUAUAAAAUAAGUUUUUCAGGGCUUUAAUUAUAUUAUUUUUUAACUCAUACAAAUAUUUUAAUUCUAUUUGAAAAAAAAAACUUUCAAGCAUUAAUAAAUUUAAAAUGUUUCCCAUUACUUUGAAGCCUAAAUGUGGGUUCUAUAGACAAAAACAUAAGAGUUCAAUACAAUUUUGAAUUUUUCCAAAUUUUGUAAAUAGAUUUUUGAAUAUGGUUGCCAGAUAAAGAGUACAUGAUCGAAAUGAGAACAAAAAAUCGACUGAUCCGAGUUGUUAAUUUAAGUCAUCCCUAAAGGGUGCACAAGUGCAUUUAAAAAAAAUCCUAAUUUCAUUAAUGCUAUAUUUCUAAUAAAAUAAAUAUUAUGUUCAUUAAAAGAAAGUUUUUAAUCAAACCAUACUACUGGAUCAUUUACUGUGGUUUUUCUCAGUAAAUUUAAAUUUUACUUUUUUAAUUAGGAGUAAAGCAAGGAAUGUAUUGGUUUUAAAAUUAUCUUAACAGUGAUAAUGUUUUUAAUAUGAUUUAAUGAUUUGUACCGUGUACAAAAAUUCUAUCAGAAAUCUUGUUCCGAUUAGCACCUUCUCUGAAAGGGAAUUUUGUCUGGUUAAUAAUUUAGGGAGGGCAUUUUUUAUAAUAAUUGGGAAAAUUUACAUAUCAUUUUUAAAAUAUUAAUGCCCUUUAAUGUUUUCAAUUUUGUUUUUUUGUUGCAAUUCAGUUUGUUGUAAUUCAAAAAGUUCAUAGACUUGAAAUUUGGACAGGAAACUUUCCUAUCCUAGAUAUGGUUAAACUUUCAAACAUUUGAGUCAUUUUUGAGCAAAUUAUAUAAACAUUAUAAUUUUGAGGGUUUUUUAAACAUUUUUAUUUAAUAGGUACUCUGUGGAUAAAAUUGUUAGAUCAAUAUUUGAAGAACAUUUAACAGGGGAUUCAUGGUUAGUUGUACUUCAUAAUCAACAAUAAAAAGUUGAGUUAUUGUAGUAAGUUUUUUUUUAAUAUCAAAUUUUGAAGAAAAUCGUAAAUAUUACCGGCCUUUAAAAUAUAUGUAGUGCUCAGUAUUACAAAUGUGCGACAACAAAAUUUGUUUUCAAUAGGACAAAUUUUGGGCCAUUAGUUUUAAUAAUAGGUGAAUUUUCCUCUUACCAAACCGAAAUAUGAGUAUUUGAAAAUAUCACAAUUCAAAAACUUCAUCAAACUUAAACAUUUAAAUACGGAAAAAACUUCAACUGGGUCACAAAAAAAUUGUUUACUUUAAGAUUUCUAAUAGGUCAUUCGAUUUAAAACGAAAAUUUGUUAUGUAGUAGGUUUGUAAGACUGAGACAGGUAAAUGCUGGUGUAGCGGUCCUUUUUAAUUUUGUAAUAUUAUAGGUGGGGAUAAUAGUACUAAUAGUACACGAAUAAUAAAACCGACUAUAAUUAGUUAUUUAAUCUAUUACUUAGUUGGUAUUUUAUUUGUAAUAAACAAUACUAAUAAUAAAUAAUUUCCGUUUUUGUGUAAACGGACGGAAAUAACGCACAUCGCUAUUUUACCUCCGUUCAGUCAUAUAUUAGUAUCGUUUAUUUUAAUUUUAAAUAACAAUACAGGUUUCUUAAUAAAUAACAGUUUAUUAUUAGACAGUCUAGUAUAUUAAAGAAAAAUAAAAGAUUUGCAAUUUUAUUCCAGAAUAAACCACAUAUCAGGUCGGCGGUAUUUCUAAACAGAGAAAAACAAAAAUAAUCCAAUUUACUUUAAAAUAAAUGUUUACAGGAAUAACGAUUUCUAAAUUAGAAAAUUAUAUUAAGUAAGACCUGAACCAAUAAGUGGAAUCGAUGUUUAUCAUGCUCACUUUUUAAGUUAGCUAUAACGAUAAUCAUGGCAAAAUAUCGUGGUAAAAUUUAUAUGGAUAUAAACAUAAAUAUUGGAACUUAUUUAAAAUUGUACGUAACCAAAUGCAGUUUAAAUGGAUAUGUGCGCCAGGCGCUAAUUCCGAUUAGAUUUGAUUAUUCCUUUUCGGUGGAUAUUAAUUUUAAAAAUAACAAAAAAAAUUAUUAUUAUAUCCUGUUCCAAUUAUAGCAACAAAUAAGAGUUUUCGUCAUUAGAGUUUAUAAACAAGACACAGAUAUAAGUUUAAAUAAUAAUUAUCUAUGUAUUUCGGAUGAUAGCUUAUCGCGGUUUUUUAUAAUACGAUAUCAGACCAAAUUUAGAACACGUGAGAAUUCUAUCAAUGUAAAACAUAUUGUAGCCAAUUUGUAUAGUUUCUCAUAUCGAAUUAAGCAGUGUAGUUAUUUUUAAAAAUUAUUCUUAGUACCUAAUUAUGUAGAGGGUAAAAUUAAUUUUGUUACAAUUCGCGACAGAUAUAAAAUAUUAAGUAGCGCCCACUAGGUACCUACAAUUUUAUGGAAGAUUUUACACGACUGGGGAGAUUCGAAAAUUAAAUUUCGGAAAACAAAUUGUAGAAUAUCUUUUAUACGCAAAGUACACAGUUUUGUUAUUGAUUUAAAAAUGCAUAGGUAUAUUAAGACUUUUUUUUUCAUACUAAAUUAUCGAGUUUCCACGUAGGUAAUAUCAAGAAAACUGUAGAUCACUACUAGGACGGCGGGGUGGCUAAAUUUCGGAUUGUAUUUUCAAUGAAAAAUUUAAAAAAAAAAAAUUUAAACUCACCUUUACAAUGGGUACACGAAAAAUCACGGUUUACUCGCCGUUGUUGUACAAUUAAUAAUAACGGAAUACGGUCGGCAAAGUACAAAGCCGUCGUGUGCGCGCUCGUGGUUUCUCCUCGUGUACGAACAAUGAGAAUACAAUAUUACGAGACGUUCACGGCGGACAAAAAUCGAAUGUAUAUUUAAUAUUACAAUAUACUCGACGAAACGGAAUGGCGACGACAGAGACGAUGGAGCCACUCAAACGGACCGGAGCGGAGUGACGAGCGACAAGACGGACAUGAUGUUUGUUGUUCGCGCCGUACGGGACCGGGGAACCCCACUCCGCGCCACCCCCGCCCCGUGAUCCUUGGUAGUCGGUAUUGCGUUUUUCGAUCGGCGGUUCUCGACCGGUAUCGCUUUCCAGGAAUAAUAAUAUUAAAAUUUCGAAGAGGAGAGCCGAUAUUACGGUCCUGGGCAUUCGUUGUUGUUGUGCAUUAUCGUAUCUCUUCUUUCCCCAACCCCUCCCCGUCUAUAAUUAGCCGCGUCCACCUAUAGGCCGCGGCUGUUGCGUGCGGUUUUCCACACUUGACAGUUUUUCCGCUAAACCGGGACGUACGUUUUCGGAGAAAAACAAAAACGUCGUCGGCGCACCUGGGCCGGUGGCAGAGAGAGGGGUUGUUGACGAUUUCGCGAGAACGCCUCAAAACAACAAUAUUUCGAUAAAUGAUAAUAAUUAAUAAAUAAUAAUACAAUAUCGUCAUUGGUCGAUCCAUAUGCGUUCGUCGUUUGAUAUUACCACGUAUCAAAAAAAAAAAAAAAAAAAAACAAAUAAUGUAAUAAAAUAUUAUUACGAUCGGAGAAUCCGAGUUGUUCAAAAAUUCCAUAAAGGUCGUCUUUGGUUUAAAUUAUUGCUCUCGUCGGAAUAUAAAUCAAAUGAAUAAUCGACGACUCGAAUUAUAUUGGCGCGAAACAAACGACUGCGUAUUGUGUCGAGGACAGAGACGUAUUUACAUUUCUAGUGGAGCACUGUAUUCUUAAGCAAAUCCCCUUAUUUAUUUAUUUUUUUUUUUUUUGCGCCCACAACGUACUGGAACACACUGUGAUUAGUUAAGAUUUCAACAAGGAGGGAGAUAUUGAAUUUUUAGACAUUUUGUUACAUGGAUUAUAUGUUUACCCAGGCUGUAACAAAAAAGACCUAAUUUUAAAUGUAUACAUUUUUCGUAAGGUAUUUUAUAAUUCAUACUGCUCUAACAUUGAAAUAUUAUAGGUAGUUAUUAUUUAUAUUAUUAGUUUAGUUGUAUUAUUCUAAGAAUAAGGAGAAAAAGAAUCUUCUUUAUAAAUAAUUCAGAUAAGGUUUUUUUUUUAUUUAUUAAUUUAGUAUUAACAUAUUUUUGAUUUUUCCGACUAAAAAUUAGAAUUUGAAAAAUAAGUAUUCUUAUAGAUAAUAGCUACUAAAAAAAUGUCGAGAGGGGGAGGAGAUAUAUCUUCCCCUUCAAUACCGCCACUGCGCUGAAAUUUCGAGCUGUACACUUUACGUGUUAUUGCAUUGUACACAACACUUAGGACUUUGGUGUGUGGCUUGUGUGAGUGUAGUACACUUUGGCCAGUGAGUCAAUAGGUAAAAGACCACGGUUCUACUGUUUGUUAUAAGAUAACGCCCUGUCCCGUUUUGAAAUGUAAUGCCCGGACCCCAUAACACCCCGGACCUUGGUACCUCGUGUAAUAGAAUUUUCGAAUGUUUUAUCCGUAAAAAUCCAAAUAAAAAAAAAAAAACCGGAUAAUCAAAAACUACGCGUUCGCCUACCUGUAACCGCUGAAACCAUCCAUGAUGUUGAUAGUCGGAACGUGGAGUUUGGUCGAAAACUUGUUCGCGCAGAACGAAACACAAGAGCGCGUGCGUCCUGGCUGUCGCAAUAAAACUAACGCCGGGAAUCUAAAAACAGAAAGGAAAAAAACAAUACACGUGGUUAUCGUGCAUUUAUUAUGAUAUUAUUCUCGGCUGGUAGAAUUCAUUCCGGGGUUUUUUCUCUAUUGACAUUUUAUGUUCUUUAUUAUCUGCUUUAUGUUCUUUAUUAUUAUUUUUUUUUUUUUUGCGCGUUUAAAUUAUUACAGUUCCGAACUCUUUUUAUAAUAAUUUAAUUUCGCCCGUGCGAUAAUUAUUUUAAUAGGGUUUUAACGUAUUUUUUUGUUCGUGUAUUAUUCGACAAUAAUAUAACACGGACGAUAAAACAAAAUUGUUUUUUCUUUUUAAUUUUUUUACAGAUAAAUGUCUAGGUUUAUGCGACGGCUGAAUUUUAACAUUAUAAAUAUUGAUAAAUUAUUAUUAUAAUUAAUCGUCGCCUUCGCGAAUAUCUAUCGCCGUUAUCGCGAUGAAAACUCGCAUCGAACAAACAACGACUUUGUUUAAAAAAAAAAAUAAAAAAUAAAUUAUUUUUCGAGUCGUCGUCGCCGUUGUCGGAGCGUUUGAAAAUACUCGCGUAACGGCAACUGUGUCCAGGUGUUAUAUAAGAACAUAUAUCAUGGACAACAAUAAUACUCGUAUUUUUUAAUCAUAUUUUAUAAUAUUUGGUAAUUUAAAAAUAAAAACCUUUUUAAGUUGUUUUUAUUCUAUUCGAUGGUUACCUAACCAGGUGGUUGUAGUAAAUAAAUACCAAAAAAAAAAAAAAUAUUUGAAAUGUACUAAUUAGUAUACCUAAUUAUAUUCUAUCGUAAGACACUCAUUAUCUCAUCUCGGAAAGUAUUAACUUUUUUCGGAUUUUUUAUUUAUAGAAAAUUUAAGAAACAAUCAGCUUUACAAUUUUACGUAUGUAAAAUAUUUUACAAAUGUACAAUGUUAUUUUUUGUCAACUUUGUUUUUGGAGGUAAAACCACUAUCUACUUUGGAUUUUCAAAUGACCACGUAAAUAAAAAUAAAAUCCAAAAUGGAGUAUUAAUUAAAAUAGAUUUUGGUAUUUUUUUCCCCGGGCCCCGACCUAAACUUAAAAGCGGAAUAUCUCGUCUACGGAUUGACGGAAAUCAAAAAUUUCAUUACCAAAAUUGAAUAAUGUUCUAUAAAACAAAUUCUGAAAAAGUUAACACUUUCCAAGAUAAUAAGUAUUUUACAGUAGAUUUAUCGUCCUGUAUAUUUAAUAACUUUUAUUGUAUUGAUAUAUUUAUUUUAGACAGUGGCGAAACCAAGAUUUUUUUGAAGAGAGGGGGGAGGGGUUUCGUAUGUCUACGUAUCAAAAAGAAAACACGUUUUAAUAAAUUUAUAUUACUUACAGAAGGAGGGUGUCUAGACACCCAUAACACCCUUCCCCUGUUAUGAAGAACAUUUACGUUUUACGAAAAUGUGUUGGUUUUUUUUCUUUCGGAAAACAUUCUUUUGAUUUUUUUUAAAAUGCUCAGAUUUGUCUGACAGAUUUUCUACCCCGUGGUACUUUAUUUGAAAGAUUUUUCGAAAUUCCCAGAAGCUCACCCUUUUGCCAUAAUUGAAACAUCGAACAAUUAAUUCUGAAUAUAGUUAACUCGAUUCGGGAGUUUAGCGGGUUACUGUGGGGCACCGGCAAAUUUGAAAGUUUUACAAUUUUUAAAUGUAUUACUUGGUGUCACACUCAGAAUUGUUUUUUCGUUUGCAAUGAUUUAACAUCAGUUGAAUACCUAACAUUCACAAUAUACAUUCACAAAUACCUACGCAUUUAUUGUACCUUGACAACAUUUACUUAUUUGUGAAUUUAUAAUAUUGUAACGAAAAUAACAAUAUUGAUUAUAUUAUCGAUAUUAAUAAAUUUUUCAUAUUAGAUAACUGAUAAUAUUUACGACUUCAUACGGUUUUAAAUAAUAAUGUUUAAAAUAUUUAUUAUUGACACAUUUUUAUGUCAAUAUUUGAUGGCAUACGCGGUUUAAUAUUGUUGUUACCGUUUGUUAUCAAUGGACCAAUUAAGGGGCUAAUAAAUAAAGUGUCUACGAUUUUCGUUUCGUUUCUCUAUUCCCAUGAUUAUUAUUUCAAGGUCUUUGACUAAAUAUACUUCGAAAUUAGUUUCUACGAUAUAAUGAAUUUUAAAAAUAACAUAUUACUUUUCAUUGUUGUAUUUCAAUUUAUGAAAUGAAAAUAGAUUAUAUCUAUAGGUACCUACAUUUUAUUACUGAACGGAACUAAAUGACCGGUUCGUAUAUUUUAAACAUAGAGGUUUCUUAUUGUUGUUAAUUAAAUAUUGUAUUUCCGAUUUUAACGGCUGCCGCCGGUGCAGUGUCGAUCAUGUUUAACACGAUUGAUGCAAAAAUAUAAUAUAAUAUUAUUAUCACGUCUCAUCGGUCGAUUUUAAAUGUUCAACCUGUCACACACAAAUAUUUUAAAAUGUUUGUUUUUUAACGUCUAGCUGUUUUCACAAAAUAAAGUUUACAAUAUUUUUAUUCCAGUGUAAUUUCAAUAAUUUAUAAUCUAUAUUGGAAAAUAUAGCAUCCCACUAGCUGCCUAAAAUUACCCUAUUUCAGAAAUCGUCCCUCAGUAAUUAUUAGUUUUGCAUUACACACGGGGUUUGUUUUCAUUUUAUUAUUACAAUAUUUAUUACAAUUAUUACAUACAUACAAUAUAGUUUUAUAUUAUACCUACAUUCAUUUGAAAUGUUAUUUUGGACAAAAUUCUGUUUGUCUUUUAUAGAACAGUUCUAUUGUUAAGUAUUUAUUAUUAUAAUUUCUAAAUUGUCUUACCGAAGAAUUUUUUUACGUCCCGAUGGUCAUCAAAGUAACCCAAUUUUGAGCGUUACCUAUUUACUAAUUGGCAAAACAAAUUGUUCAAUAUUAAAUGUUUCCGUUGUGAUUUCGGUGUAUAUUUUUAUUUUGAAAAAAAAAAACACUAGCCACUAAGUACCUACUUCGCUUUUUUACAAAAAUCACUAAUAAUUGUACAGAACAAGAUGUUUAUGAUCCUAUAGCUUUCUGUCUACGAUUUAAUCAACUAAGAUUUUGCGUACUUAAACAUACAUUCGAUUUUUAUUAUUUAUUCGUAGGUAGCCUAUGAGCCGCCAACUGCACGGGUCGGAGUUAGUUAAUUUGGUGUUGAAAUGAUUAAAAUAUGCUUAAAUAAAUAUCUCGUCUACGGUUGAUUGUACAUUCGAUAUUUUUUUUUAAAUCACGAUAUUUAUCCGGGUUUUCUAUUGGUUUUUAAUAUCCGUUUUGAAAAUUGAACAAAACGUUAUAAAAAAAUAAAUAUCAGAAACAUGUUUGGAAAACAUUGCAAUGAAUACAUAAUAAAUUGGCAACCUCGAGUCCCUGCGAAUCCGUCAUAGUGAAUCUCGCGGUUUACAGUCUUUCAAAUUUCAUUAACGUUAAUUAUUAUAUAUUGAAUUAAUAUUGUUGCAGUUGCUGAGAAAAAAAUCGAAUUUCAAUUGAGCUUGUGCUUAAUCAGUGACGUCUACUGGGUUAGUGUACCUAAGCAUUUGGAACUGAUGUACAUGCCGCGCAAUUUUAACGUGAAAGUCGAUCCCAGUGGAUUAGACACGGGUGUGCACACUUCCACGUAAGUCUUUUAAAACCACGUUUGGCAAUAUUUGUAAGGUGCUUUGCCGGCCAACGAACUAAUACUGUUAUACCUAUCUUACGACCUACUUGCAUUUGUACAGUGUACGGGCUUACGAUUCGAAAAACACUGAGAAAGGACCCGUGUUCACGUUUGAAGUCACUAUUGUUCGGCCGCUAAAAGUGAGGAAUAAUUCUAGUUGGUUGACUUUCGAUGAUAUCGAAUUCAACACGAACUCGUUUAUAAAAAGGCAUUUUAUAUUAGUGCCCAGCAAGGUCACGUGGGCAUGUGAGUGACACUUAUAAUUUGGUUUCAAAACUAAAGAAAUAAAACUGCAUAUGUUUCGUUUAUAAAACUAUGUUUGUGUUGUUUUUUGAUUUCAAGCUAUCCAUAUAAAACAUCUCGAUGCCGACGUGAACGCCAAUUUUUGUUUACACACUGUUCAACUUCUGCCCCAAAAAUCGUGUAAACACAUGGAAUAUUGUAAGAUGUUUAGCAUGAAAGCUAACCAUUUUCAAGCGCAUUUUCCUGUCGAGGUAUGUUAACCCUUUAACUAAUCACAUCCACGUUAAUGGUUAAGACGCGUUUUUUGUAAUUUAUUUUUACAAACAUUAUAAACGCUUAUUGAUCGGACCGAAAAAUUCUCGUUUAUCUGUAAUACGAAAGAAAAAAAAAAAUCUUCCCACAGCAAAUUUAGUCUUCGGCUUGACGCCGCUUGUUUUUCACGAUCCUUAACGACACCCCAGUGGGACAGUCGAUUAGUAACGUGAUUCGUUAAAAUAGUUUGUCACAUAUACAGACGAUGGAACUCGAUUUUCUGUAGUAGGUGUUUUAGACAGAUUAUUUUUUUGGUUUUCCAAGGAGUUUUCAAAAUAAUUGGGAAAAACCCGAAAAAAAAUUAUAGUUGAAACGGGCAUUACCCGUUUCAUUGUUUCAUUUUGGUUUUUCAAAUGCGAACCUAUAUUAAAAAUUCCAUAAAUAGACGGAGGAUUACUUUAAUACAUUUUGGUAUUAAAAUGUUUGAUUUCCGUCAAUCCAUUGUCGAGAUAUUUAACUUUUAAGUUUAGGUAGGGGGAGAGUAGUGAACUACUAAUAAAACGCCGCGCGCCGUGCCAUCACACAAAUCAUACUCCUCUACUCUUCCCCUACCUAAACUUAAAAGUGGAAGAUCUCGUUAAAGAGUUAACGGAAAUUAAAUAUUAUGAUACCAACAUUUAUUUAAAGUAAUACUCCGUCUAUUUAUGGAAUUUUUAGUAAAGAUUCGCAUUUGAAAAACCAAAGUUGGUAUCGCCACGGGAUAGGUUCCCCUUAAAUAUUGUGAGAAAUCUAAAUAUUCAAAAAUAUGGAAUUUAACUGCACUUAAAAAUUCCAAAAAUUAGAAUUUAAAUAUAUGCAAAAUUUAACCAAAAAAAUGGAGUGAGUACGCUUAGUGAUUCAUCCUGUAUAGGGAACACUAGAGAGUCUUGAUAGCGAAUACAAACUGAAUUUAAUUAAAAAUGUAAUAUUUUUAACACCCAUGAACAAACCGUUUCUUUUGUGGUAAUAUUGUCAGCAGACGACGACGCUUGGGCGUGAUCGUCUCGAUUGCAACGUUUGAACGGUGUUAUUUUUAAAAAUUAUUCCUCUAUAAUAAGUUUCUCUGGGCUUUUUAUAAUGAAAUAAAUAAUCCCCUCCAUAUUUCUUUGAUAAUUUUUUACGAAAUCUAAAGGGUUAAAAACGCACAGCAUAAGUUAAAAAAUUAUAUAUUAAACUUUUAGUUGAGAAUAGAUAAUACAUAUUUUUCAAUUUUUGUGUUACUCGAUACAUAAUAAGUAAUCAGACUUUAGAUUAGUUAUUGUUAUGACAGAUAAUGCAAUUUGAUAGUAGGUACCAGGUACCUAAUAAUAUUAUAGUUAUUGCGAAUUGUAUCAAUAUGACCGGUAAAAUGAAAUUCCGUUUGAUAGGUACCUAUCUAAGUACUCCGUACUCAUUAAAGUCGUACAAAUGUAUAAUUCUCCGAACUUUUUGUUGUUACCUAAUAUAUUUUUCAAAAUAUUCGAAGAACAGCUGAUAACUGAUAACCACGAGACUAUUAUUUAGGCUUUCACUGGAAAAAUAUCAAAUAGGUACCGACAAAUGUUAUGAACAUUUUGAGCAAGUACUGAGUAUCGUUAUCAAAUUAUCCAAUCACAAAUUCUAUUAAAUUGAUGUUUGCUUAAACCCUAUUUUUCAUGGAAAAAUAAGUAAUAACAAAAUACCAUAUUUUUCGUAUAGGAAUCUAUAGAGAACGCCAUGAAUUAUGAUUAUACUACUUAUUACUCCAAUUCUAAAGUGAUUUACAUCAAAAACAAUUUAUAAUAAUUAAUAAGUGUUCAGUGUCAGAUUCAGAGAGUGGCGAUGGGGGCAUUUACCCCUUCCAUUAAACACCAAACCAUAGUACCCUACACCCUGCACCUCACCUUCUGUGUGUGACGCCCCUGCCGGAGAUAUUAAAAUUCUGUUUGGUUUUUAUAUUACUCACUGGGAUAAGGAGUACAAAUAUUUAUACUUCAAUUAAUUUUGUAUGUUUUGGUAAAAAUUCAAAAAAUAACUUUAUUUUAUUACUUUUGUAAAAUCUGAAGAUAACCAUUACAUACAAUUAUUCUUCUGAAAAUGUUGACGUAUCAACGGUUUAUUUUUAUUAAAUUCAUGAUUUGUAGUAACUUUUUAAAGUCCAUGAAAAAAAUUAUAGUCAAUUAGUAAUAGUCAUAAUCAAUUAUUUAAUUUCAUUACAGUUUUCUGCAUAAUUAUAGGUACAAUAGGUAUUUCUGUGAACUUUAAGAGUUGAUACGUUAACAUUUUCAGAAGAAUAACUCUAUAAAAAAUAUUACAAAAACAAUAAAAUCAAAAGUUAUUUUUCAAAAGAUAAAUAAAUAAUUGCAAUAUAAAUAUUUGUAGUCCGUAUUCUAUAAGUAAUAUAUAAAGAAAACAGAAUUUGAUUAUCAUGAUUAUUUUCAGUGAUAUUACAAUGGAUAUAUCUUCGUAAGACACCAAAUAUAGAAAAAAAAAAAUCAUUUUGAUUUUAUUGUUAGUACAAAUAAAUUUAUGAGGUAUUGAUCUGUGGUCCAGAAUAUAUUAUAUAAAAAAAAAAUUAAAUUUAUCUAAAACAAUAGUAAUGUAUAUAAUUGUAAUGUGGUAAUUAUGGGCUAGGCUUUUUCAAAAACUAAAUUAUUAUUAAAUUUAUUUAAUUCUGAUAUUGGGUUGAAGUAUGGCCUUUGGGUUUUACUUUGUGCAAAAAAAAAAGAAAACAUAAUUUGUUUGGGUACCUAUUAUGUAAUUAACUACCAAUUUUGGAUUAAUUUUUAGAUGAAUAGGUUUGAAAAUCGGAUACCUACAUGAUCAAAAAUCUCACCACCUCUUACUAAUUAGGUUAGAUUAGGUAUUUUAACAUUUUUUCCCAGUCUCAAAAGGUUAACCACGAUAUUUCAAUGUUGAAAAAAUGAAAAAUUGUAUAGAACAUUAGGUUGCAUAUUUAUUAUUUGAUAUAAUUAUCUAUCUAGUUAAACCUAUACUUAUUAGUCAAUACUUUUACAUUUAAAAGUCCUUAAAUUUACAUAUUAUUUAUUUUAACAGGAAAAUGUGGUAAUGGAGUGUGCGUUGGCAAAGUAUUGGUCUAGUGCAGCAAACACAAAACUGUCAUACAAACUACAAUUCAAUGGAAAUUUGCCUUCAACUAAAAGUCUAGCAAUGUAUCACGGUAUGGGCUUACAGUCACUAACCUUGAAACCGGGCAUAAAGAAUGAAGAAAUCUCUCCUGCAGUUUCCUUAAAACAUCUAAUUACUGUUCUUAAGUAUGAUAGUAAAAAUAAAAUCACACAUAUCAUAUUAAAACUAAUACUUUCCUUGUUUUGUUUAACAAACGUUUAUUACAUCUUAAUAUAAUAUAUAUUUUAGACCGACUGAUUCAAAAGUUGUAGCUUUGUCGGAAACUUUACCGCCUCAAAUACCAAUCUAUUCACUUACUUUAACUUAUACAUUCUCCUUGUUGAAAUCAACUGAAGCAUACGCGACUUGUGGAUUAUUUGGUGAACUUUUGUACGAAUGUGAAUAUGAAUCCCAAUUAUGGAUGUUAUUUGAUAACAAUAAACAGUACAUUACGGCCGGUGAUGCAUAUUCAAGCAGAGUAUAAAUUUUAGUUUUAUUAUUUACUAUAAAUUACAAAAUAGUUGAAUGCAUUUUUAAAAUUAUUAUUAUUACUUAUCUUAUAGCAUGUAUAUAAAUUAGACAAAGGAGACUAUACUAUUAAAAUGCACGUACGACAUGACCGGCGAGAACUAUUAGAGAAAAUUAUAGAUCUGCCAAUACAAUUGGUACAAAAAUUGCAAAACCAUUUAAGUGUAGAUGUGUACACAAGUCAUUAUCAAGCUACGAUUUAUGGAAAAAAAUUGCCAAAUUUUCUCUUAACACCUAAUAGUGAUUUGGUUCAUUUGUUUGUUGGAUCAAUUUCUAAUGAUAAGUGCGUGUGCCAAUUUGAAAAUAUUUUUAAUAAUUAAGACUCGGAAGUUAUUACACUAAAAAAGCAUUAAAAUAAUUGUAUUAUUCAAAAAUACCCAAAAUUGCAAUAAAUUAUUUUAUUUAUCAAAAAUAUAAAAAUAUUCCAUGUUUUGGGGAAAUUAUUACUCGUGCAUCGUUUUAUCAAAUAAUAUUUCCACCACUGCUAUCACAAUUGACAAAGCCAGAAACAACCAUUAAUUAUUAUAUUAUUCUGACAUAUUAAUAUAUGACAAGGCCCCUGUCGUUAUUUUAUUUCUAAUGUAAAAAAAAAAUUAAAUCAAUAUUUAAAAGUAUCAAAAAUUAUAUUAUAAGUGAGGAAAAUCAACAAAAUUGCAAUCAGAUCAAAAAAAAUGUAAAAAGUUGAACUAAAAUUCUUUAGAUUUUAAUUUGUACUUGCAUAGAACAAAUUUAAAACUUACUUAGCAAUAAAUUCAAACAAUAGAAAAAAGGUGCAAAUGUAACAACUUCCGAGCCCUAUUGAUAAUCUUACAUAUUGUCUUAAUAAUAAACUAAUUUUUUUCUUAGAAUUACUUCUUUAAAAUUAACAGCUGGACAAUGUUUGUCUGGUAAUAUAGUAUUUGCCAAAGAUGAAAAUGGAAAGAAAGUUGUAUGUACCAUUAGUAUACUAUAGUUAUUUAUUAUAAUUUUGUAUUAAAUACUAUUUCAAACAAAUAUGUAUUGUAUAUUUAGGAUACCUAUGAUUUCAAGUAUUUUAUAACAGAUGCAUCAAAAAAUCAAUCAAAAAAUGUACCAAAAUUAGUAGAUGAAAAUAAGACAAAAUUGGACGAAUUCAAUGAAGUGAUGUGUGAAACCAAAUCAAAUUGGUUGACAAAAUUAGGUAAUUACCUACUAAUACUCAUUUUUGAAUACAAUAUGUUAUGUUCAACUAUAAUGUGUAGAAUGUAUAUGACAAUACUAUGGAGUAUGGGUCAUUUAACAUAUUAUAAUAAAUAAUUAAAUUAAAUUAAAUUAUUUUAAAUUUAAAAUUGUUUAGAGUAUGGUGCUGAUUCUAAAAAACUGUAUGAUGAAUUAUGUGAAGAAUUUGGGAAUAAAAACUCUUCCGUUCAUAUAUCAUGGAUACAGUGUAUUGAACCUGAAGAUAAAAAAAAAUUUCCAAAUGUUUUAAUUUUGCAAGACUUAGACAUAGAAAAAUUAAAAUGUUUAGUUGUUGCUGCUGAUUGUGUUUUGUCCAUGAUUGAUCAAAAAGAUCUCCUUGCAUUUUAUGGAAUUAGAUCUGAUCAAAGACCUGAAGCAGCUAAACUAAAGACGUAAUAAUUUAAAAAUUUGUUAAAAUAAAAUUAUAUGAAUUUAUUGGAAUAUUUCAGAGUUAAUGACCGAUUAAAGGCCAAUGUGAUUGAAGCACUUUGUCGCAAAGGUGCUGCGUUGUGUCAAUUAUACUAUUUUCAUCAUAUAAUCAACAAAGAAGAAGAUGAAGAUAGUAAAGCUCUUAAAUCUAUUGAUGAAAUAUGGGUAAAAAUUACAUUUUAUAUCUCUCCAGAUUCUGAUUUAAAGGUUUGUCAAAAUAUUUUAAUAUUAGUGCAGAAUUUUUAAUUUGGUUCUAAAUUUGUUAUUUUUUAUUAGAAUUUCAAUUAUUUCAAUAUUUGGUAUGCAGUUGUUCAUGAUCAUUAUGGUCGUAUGAUGAAAAUCCUUUUAAAAAUGUUGGAUGAUAAGAACAUUAAAGAAGUUGAAAGCUGUUUGCUGUGGACUGUGAAAGCUAAAUUUGAUCCAGUUGAAUCCAAACACUUGACAGACUCUAUUUCAAAUGCACUGAUUGUGCAUUAUCCGAAAAAUUACCGUCUAUUUUAAUAACCUAGGCUUACAAUCUACAGUUUACUGUAAGAAUUUACAAUCUCAAAAUGAUUUUAUUGUCAUGAAUGAACAGUUCUAUGAAAACAUUUUGUUUUUAUAUCAGUUAUAAAUAAGAACUUCAAAAAUAAUUCCGUAUCAAUUUACAUAAGUUUUGUAGAUGAUUUAUAAUUAUAGAUCACCUUUAAAUGUAAUAUUUUUCAUUUUUAAAAACAUUCUUAAUUCUUAGUUAAUAUUUAUUUAUAUUUUUGAAUAAUUUAUCCUAUUAAGACAUAAAUUUGAAAAAGGUGCCACAUUUGGAACAAAGAAGACGUUUGAAGGCCUAAAAUCAUUUAUAAUAAUUGAUAUUUAAGUUGGUGCCAGAAUUUAAAUUGUUGAAAAAAUUGCUUGCUUACUACUAAAUUUUUGAAUUUGCAAGUUUUGUUUAUGAUUUAUAUAUAAAUUAUGCAUCAAAAUUUAGAGUUUUUUAAAUUCAAAUUUUGAUGAAAUAUUUAAAAAUCAUAAUUUUAACAAACUACUUUUAGUUUAUUUUCCAUUUAUAUGAAGAAAUCUAUUUUGGCUUGACAAAUGUGCUCAACAAUUUGAUAUAAGAUUUAUCACAAGGUGUACUAGAUAGUAAAAGAUAUAAGUUGAACUUAAUUUAUUUUUAAAGCAUUGUAUUAAAAUGUAUGAUAACAUUUGUUAUUUAUUUUUUAGUUACAUAGUAACACAAUUUUUAUUUUUGAUUUAUGAAAAUGUGUUUAAUCAAACUCUGGUCAGAGUCGUUCGCAAUGAUUCAGCAUUGCACACAAUGUAUAAAUUAAAUUACUCUAUAUAUCCUACUUUCUAAUACUCCCUCAUACAACAUCUAAACUAAUAUAUGGUGAAAAAGUAGAUAGUGUAACAAUAAAAGCUAAGUAAAUGCAGUCCUUAAGUAAAAAAGUUAGCAUGUCUAACAUUACAGUAAAAUUAUGAAUAACUAUUUUCAAAACCUGACUUUGAACAUAUAUUGUUUAUUAUAUUUUACCAUAGACAAAUAAUUUAUUGUAAUGUAAUUAAUCUAUAAAUAUAUCCUUAAAUGGCAAAAUAUUCUUCAUUACCAAUGAUAAAACAUAUUCUUUUGAAUUUACA